AUGGUCAAAGUCCUCAUCUCCCUCAGCGUGUUGGCCGCUGCCGCUACGGCUGGCUCCAUCACGGAACUCCCCGAGUCUGUGACCAAGCUCAUCGACUACUCCAUCAACCCUUGCAACGACUUUUACCAAUAUGCGUGUGGUGCCUGGCACAAAGCUGCUGUGAUCCCCCCAGACGAACACCAAGUCGAUACGUCGUACUCCAAGAUCUACAGCGAAAACGAAGCCGUGUUGACGACGAUUUUGUCUGACUACAAACCCAAGCUAGGUGAGUUUUACAACUCCUGCUUGGACACGGCUACGCUAUCGUCGCUGGGCCUGACUCCGCUGGAGGACUCGUUCAAAGCCAUUCGGUCGGCCAACACCACGUUGGACCUCCUCAUCGUGGCUGGUAAAUUGGCCAAGAACGGCAUCCCUGCGUUCGUGGACAUCAACUCCAAUUUUGACGACAACGAUGCGACCAAGAACGUCCUCUUCGGUUACCGAGCCCCCCUGUCGCUGGAUCGCGAUUACUACACCAACCCUUCCAAGUGGAAGGCCGUCGAAGCCGACUACAAGGUGUACAUUGCGUCGGUGUUGAAGCUAGCUGGCUACACUGAUGAGCAAGCGGCCGCUGCUGUGCCGGUGAUCAUCCUUUUCGAGAAAAGUCUAGCCGGUGUUGAGGGCGACCUCAGCGAGCUCGAGGAGAUGGAGCCCGUUGUGUCUCCGUAUACUGCGUUGACGUUUUACCAACUGGACCAGAAGUACCCGCUGCUCAUCGGCUCGUGGCUCAAGGCCAACGGCUUCAACGUACGCGACCAGUGCGGUGGGUCGAACGAUUGGGUGGGGUUUUACUACUUGACCUACUUUGACAAGGCCGAAGUGUUGUUGAAGAACACAACGCUGGACAACCUCCGCACCAUCGUGGAGUACAAGCUCAUCCACGCCUCGUCGAACCACUUGACCCCUGAAUUCCGCACGGCCAACUGGAACUUCUUCGGCAAGAAGAUCGAAGGCAAAAGGGAGGAAACUUCUCGUGAAAAGUUCUGCCUGACUCAGACGAGCUCCAAAUCCACCCUGGGGUAUCUCUUGGGCCAGUACUUCUUAGACGCGGUGUGGUCGGCUGAUACGGCCAAGACGGCCAACGACCUGGUCAAGGCCUUUGUAACGACGUCACUCCAGUGGCGUCAUAGGGUUAUCGACCAAUCAGAACAGACGUCACUGUUGACGUCAGUUUACGACCAAGCUCGAUUGGCGUGCGGCGUGCUCGGCCAUGGACACCAGAAGUUCCUUCUGCAGAGCGCACCACUCACGGUUGACAACAAGGACUUACUUCCAGGGGCAUAG